CGAAGAAUUUCGACUUCGAAUUGGGAAACGUGGGUUAGCCGUCAUCAAGAAGUCUAAAUCUCUCUGUUCCCGAACAGGAUCAAACCGAACAGGAUCAAACCGAACAGGAUCAAACGCUCCCGCCUCGCAGACUCUCCGCGUCGUACCACACGAGACCAGCAUGGUGCUGCCGUCCGCCCCCUCGACGCGGCCAUGAUUUCACUGCUUGGGGCCAGAUGGAAACCUCCGAAGCGCGCAGGAUACGUCGUGCGCCGAUGGCGCAGCAAGAAGCCCAGCCAACCGCCGCCCAAGCGACCAUUCAAGCCUGUUGAAGUGAGUGCGCGUUCGGCUUCGGCUUCGGCUUCGGCUUCGACUCCCAUCUCUCUUCAGUUUCCCCAGUCACCCGCCCAGACACUUCCCCAGCCACCCGACAUCAUGCACAAGGCGCUGCGCCACGGCCUUGAAAAUGAGCAUGGGUCUCCCACGAUAAGGCGGCCGGCCUUCAUGAUCACGCGCAAUUACCAGGUUCUCGAGAAGCUCGUCGAGUCCCGCUUGCAACAUGUCAUCGCGUCCAUGGGCGACUGGGCCAAGAACCAGGCCGAAUGGCGCUCGUUCGGCCUCACCAGCCAAGCGCAGCUGGAUCGCGAGGUCGGCCUGUUCCGGAUGGUGCUGGGCAAGUCCUUCGCCCUCGCCGUGGAGGAGGGCAAGACCAGGCGCGCCGAGAACCCGCUCUUCUGGAACCUGCGGAACGCCUUCAUCCGCUCCGACAGUAUCGGCCUGGACCGGGAGCUCAAGUACGCCUUCCAGACCUUCCUGAUGCGCUCGCGCUUCCCCAAGGCCGUCAACGAGCUGCACAUGGCCCUCGCCGACCUGCGCUUCCCUUACGAGUGGUACCCGGCCACCCGCAUGCUGCAGCGCACCAUCCACCUGCACGUCGGCCCCACCAACUCGGGCAAGACGUACAACGCGCUGCAGGCGCUCGAGAAGGCCCGCACCGGCAUCUACGCCGGCCCGCUGCGCCUGCUGGCCCACGAGAUCUGGAACCGCUUCACGGCCAAGAAGAAGCCGUGUGCCCUGGUCACGGGCGAGGAGGUGCGCAUCCCCACCGACGCCGACACGUGGUUCCACAGCUGCACCGUCGAGAUGACGCCCAUGAACGCGCGCGUCGACGUCGCCGUCAUCGACGAGAUCCAGAUGAUCGCCAGCGAAGAUCGCGGCUGGGCCUGGACCCAGGCCUUCCUCGGCGUCCAGGCCAAGGAGGUGCAUCUCUGCGGCGAAGAGAGGGUGGUGCCGCUCAUCCAGGACCUGUGCGCCCGCAUCGGCGAGGAGUGCAUCGUGCACCGCUACCAGCGGCUCAACCCUCUCAACGUCAUGGACGAGAGCCUGAAGGGCAAGUUCAGCAACCUCCAGAAGGGCGACGCCGUGGUCGCCUUCUCCCGCGUCAGCCUCCACCAGCUGAAGGCCGGUAUCGAGAAGGAGACGGGCCGCAGGUGCGCCAUCGUGUACGGCAACCUGCCGCCCGAGACGCGCGCCAGCCAGGCGGCGCUGUUCAACAACCCCAACAACGAGUACGACUACCUGGUUGCCAGCGACGCCAUCGGCAUGGGGCUCAACCUCGAGAUCAAGCGCGUCGUCUUCGAGGCGAGCUACAAGUUCGACGGCGUCACCUUCCGCCCGCUCACGGUGCCCGAGAUCAAGCAGAUCGGCGGCCGCGCCGGCCGCUUCCGGACCGCCACGCGGGAGACGGCGGGUGACACGUCCCAACCGUCCCCGGGACUGGUCACCACGCUCGACGAGGAGGAUCUCGACCUCAUCCGGGCCGCCUUUGGCAAGGAGGCCCCGCCGAUCCCGACCGCGGGCCUCUUCCCGCCGCCCGCCGUCAUCGAGCGCUUCCACUCGUACUUCCCGCCGCGCACGCCCAUCAGCUUCGUGCUCGCCCGGCUGCGCGAGAUGAGCCGGCUCUCGCCCCGGUUCCACAUGUGCGACUUCACGAACGCCAUGGACAUCGCCGAGAUCAUCAAGCAGUACGACCUGAGCGUCUCGGACCGGUGCGUCUUCCUCAACGUGCCCAUGAACCUGCGCGACCCGAGGCAGGUCGAGGCGCUGCGCGCCUUCGCCAAGUGCGUCGCCGAGAUGGGCAGCGGCCACCUGCUCGACUUCCCCGAGAUCGACCUCGAGGUGCUCGACCUGGCCCGCCCCACCGCGCCGUCCCAGCAGGUCGAGUACCUGCACCGGCUCGAGUCGCUGCACCAGGCCAUCACCAUGUACCUCUGGCUCAGCUACCGCUACCAGGGCGUCUUCCAGAGCCAGGGCCUCGCCUUCAAGGUCAAGGAGCUGGUCGAGGCCAAGAUCGCCGACCACCUCGAGAAGCUCAGCUUCGUCGAGGAGCAGCAGCGGUCCAAGCGCCGGCGCAUGCGCAAGCUGGCCGCCCGCAGCGAGCGCAAGGAGCGCAACCUGCUGGCCAUCGACGAGGAGCUGCUGCCGCCCCACGAUGAGGGCGCCGGCCAGUGGGCCGAGGAGGGCCACGAGGAGCCGCUCUUCGAUGGCGAAGUUGCUGCCGAGAGGCCGCCGGCUGCUGCUGCUGCUGCUACUGCUGCUGACGCCAAGGUGUGAGGUCCGGGGGCAGUGAGCAAUACAUCGUGUGUAUGUUUGGGGGGUGUAUGAUACGAUAUACCGUCGCCUAGCGCGGCCGGUUGUAUUUAUUUAUGACGCAGAAGCGCCGAGUUGCCAUGGUCAGGUGUGUAUAAUAGAAGGUACUCUCCUGUUGGGACGCGUCCCGCAUAU